CCAAAAACAGUACAUCUGACAACCAGUCAACAAGAACUACAGAUUCCUAUCCUCGAUACAUAGGCUACAAAACUGUCAGUUCCAAAGAUGAUGUCCGAUGCAGAUUUGGCACUGGUAUUAGACAGUAUGAAACGUGAAGUGGUGGAGUCGCAUCCGCCGCCGAGUAUGCGCCGAAUCGUCAGUCUCGUUAUCGCCGUGAAAAGGAUGGAGACGCGCAUUACUGACGAAAAGCUGCUGUGCGAACAUCUGAAAGUAUUCGAGAAUCCUUUGAAGCGGGAUGAGCAGAAGCCCAGGUUCUUUCGACAGAGCUCAAGGACCGUGGACAUGCAGCACUCGGUGUGUAAUUCACAGCUGAGGAAACUGGUGUUCAAAUGUAACCCUCCUGAACUGCAUUCAGCCACCCUCCAAGCCAUUACCAUGAAGGACAGAAAUCUGGAAGAGAGAGUUGUAAAUCUGAGUCUAUCAACAUACAGGGUCACAUGUUUUGAAGGCCGAGGCGAACUUGUCGCCCUGGGCAUUCCCGAAACCAAAUACAUUUUCUGUGCUGAAAAGUCAAACGAGCAAGAAAUACCCAUUCUGAUGCUACAGGAAGUGUCCAACAAGGAAAUGUUGGAAGAGCGAUUCCUCUUCUUGAGGUAUCGUUGUGGUCAAGACACCACCACUUUCGAGUCAGUCAAGUUCAAAGGUUGGUACAUAAGCACAGCGCGAGACAAGGACGCACGUCUGGACAUGUGCGAAAAGGAUGCGAAUGACCGUCUGAUCACGUUCAAGGUCACACAUUAAGUCACUUCAACCAGCCAUUAUUUGAUUAAUCCUCCCUGGUGGUUAAUGGACCUGUGGUCACUGAUAUGCUGUAAAGCUGCCUGCCCACUAGACCUGUAACAUCAAUGGUGACAUGUCUUUCUCUGUUCCAAAAAAAAGAAAUAAUUUAGACCAACCGUGGUGUAAUAUGAGUCAUUUGUAAACUGAUAUUGAAUUCUUUAGAUUUUUUUAAAAAUGUGAAAAAUGUGAAAAAAGUUUAAUUGGGAAGUAAUUUUAUCUUUUCAUGCUCAGGUUGACAUUACUGUGGAAUGCAUAUAACAUAUACCACGUGAGUGUAUAUGUUGCUUAUUUUCUGUAAUUCCAUAUUCCACAUUUGUUUAGACAAAAGAUACCUAUAUAGUCAUUGUUUAGUUGUUUUUACAAUACUUUACUAUAACUAUAAUUGAUGUUUCAAAAUGGUUAUUCUUGUGGUUCUAAAUAAAGGGAAUAGUGGAAACGGUA